CCGGGGAGCGUUUGGUAAAGUUGCCAAGGCAAGGGAAAGCACUCGGUCUGGCUUCCCCAGGGGGUUGUUUGUGCCACGCUGGGCAAACAAGCUGCGUGCCUCUGUAUUUCCAUCCGUAAAACAAAGAUGAUAAGCUAGUGUAAAGCUGGCUGAGCUGUAGUAAAUCAGCAGGCUGCAAGGUCUGCUGUGGCUGUUAAGGAGCCAGUUCUUUGCAGCAGGGAGCAGCGCUCGGGAAAACUCUGAUGCUCACUGAUGUGAUGAGUUUGGCUGAUCCCUGGUGGCCGGGAGCUCCUGAGACCCUGGGCAGAGGUGUUUGGGACAAUUUCCAGUGUGCAGGCAUGAAAUGGGCUUAUUCUGACAGAUGCCAAGUGCUGCUUGCCUUUACACUUCCAUCAGAGCUGAGCAGGCUUUGGGAGAUGGGAGAUGGUCCCUCUUGGCAGGGGGACGAGAUGGACAAAGGUCCCGCUUGGUGCUGGUGUGACCUACACAGAGCUUGGUCAAGGCUUUGCACAGGCACGUGGGGCUUCAAGCAGUCCCUGCUCUCUGUCCCCUUAAAUCUUUACUGCAUUCCGUGUCCUGACCAAAAAAAAAAAAAAAAAAAAUCUUUCUACCCCCUAUCUGCAUGUCUGUGGGCACAGCUCCUGAGGAGACACGUCCUGCAAGAGAGUCCCUUCUGCACAGGGAAUUUACCCUGGGCUGGGUGAGGGAAUCUGUGGACUUUCUGCCAGCUUUCUCUGCUUUUUAAGCACAGUAAAACAGCUUAAAUUAAAUGUCCAAGCUCCCUUGGUCUCAGAAAUCUCUUAUAUUUGUCUAUCUGAGAGCUAGCCUGGCUGGGGAAUGCUCGGGGAUCAAACUGUCCCCUGCCUGGGGUACAGCAGGUUGCUCCUGCUCUGCACUGGGUGCUCAUACUGGUAGGUGGGUGCAAACUUAUCUCCCCCCCCACGGAGAUGACCCACAUCACGAGCCCCAAGCAAGAAUCACCCCAUGGGAGGGAAACGAGGGCGGCGAGUGGGAAAGUCCACCCUCAGCGCUGCACAGAAACGGGGCUUGUAUUAAACUCCUCAUUCGCCUCGCUCUGUGCCCGACCGAAUCCCAGCAGCAUCCUCCUGAAUCGCAGCGGGCCUCCCCACCUCUUUUCCCACAGAUGCCUCCACGCUAAGCAGAGGAGCUUGGAGCUCCCGCUGGGUGUGCUGGUCCUGGAGCCUCCGCGCUUUGCAAAUGAAGCCGCUCGCAGGGACCUCGCUGGGAGAGGGGUAGAGGAGGUGCAGGCACUCGCCCAGGGGUGCUGCCGGUGGCCGCGGCAGAGGACGAGCUGCCAACCCAGCCCCUCACCUCGGAGGGAGCAGCAGGCAGAGCUGGCUGGGCUCCCCGCGGCUCCAGAUGAAGGGAGGAUGAGCAGUCCCCAGGGGCACCCAGAUGGGGCUUUGGUGAGGAGCAAGCAGAGUGUGGAGCCUGUCAGUGAGGUGCCAGGCACGGACAGGCAGGAGCUGGCUGUGCACAGCAGGGACGGUGACGGGACCGAGGAAGAUGCAGACAACCCGGAGGAUCUCCUGCUGAGUCUCCCCAGCGAGCUCUCGGUGCUGGAGCGACUCGGCUUGCACAGGGUGGCUUUGACGGAGCAGGACGUGGAGGCAGCCUUUGCCCACCUCGCCCUGGCUUUUCGCUGCGACGUGUUCACCCUGCGGCAACGGAUGCAGGUGGAGAAACGGGCACGGGAUGCGGCGGAGGAUAACAUCCAGGAGGAGCUGGGGCAGUGCCGGGCUGCCCUGGAGAGGCUGGGCCCAUCCUGCACUGAUGCGGGCUGCAAGGAGAUGCUGGAGCAGCUGCAGCACAGUCUGGCUGUGCUGGCGGCUGCUGUCGAGCGGGCAACCGGCGCCGCAGAGAAGCUGGGGGCUGUACAUCAGGAGGCCCGGAUGAGCCGAGCGGCGGAGGUGAUGGUCCAGCACGUGGAGAAUCUGAAGCGGCACCACAGGCGGGAGCACGCGGAGCUGGAGGAGAUGAAGCGCCUGAUCCAGCAAAACUCCCGCAACCGGCAGCUGGCGGAGACCCAGGAUGACACAGAGCCACGGCAGAGGCCUCACCCCUUGAUGCGAACUUUCCAGCAGGGGUCUGCCCGCCGCAGAGUCAGCAUCGCCGUCAUCCCCAAGCAGCUCUUGGUGCCAGCCCUGACAGCCAAGCAGCCUCGGCCGGCGAGCCGGAGAGGGAGGGGGCUCAACGCCGGCCCAGCACCCAGAGGAGUGAGCUGGAGCUGCAGGGCCAGGCCAGCGCCGUGACAGGGGAGCCGGUGGCCGAGGCAGAUGGCAGAGGCUCACGGGCAGGGGACGAGGAGCUGGAGCAGCUUGGGCUGAUGUGAGCAGCACCCUGCAUGUGCCCAGCAUCCCCCCACACACACCCCACGGCUGAUGGAGGUCCCACAGUGGCCAGCAUGUAGGAAACGAGCUGGGAGAUUUGGUGAUGGAAGGCUGGGAUGUUGCUUGGCUGCCCCUGUUGUGCCUCAGUUUCCCCUGUGUCCUCCCCGGGCUUGUUGCAUUUGGGUUUGCAAAGGGGCCAGUGCGGUUUGGGGCUGAGUUAAACGCCGUCCUCAUCCUCAGCUGGGGCAGAGGUGGGACUUGCUCUCCCCCCCGGAUGACGACUGUCCGCGGUCACCUUCUCCCCAGGUCCAAGGGCUCUGCGGCGGAGCUGUGGCGGCCAUGGCUCUUCCUCCCGCAGCACUACUGGGUUUUCUUCUGGCUGCUUCUCCUGAGUAUCGCCUUCCUCCUCCUCCUCCGCAUCCUGG